AGAGAUAGUGUUAUCGCCUGUAUCAUCCUUGUCAUUUAUGUGAUAAUACAUUAAUGUCGCCCACUUGAACGAGUCAAUAUCUCGUCCAUUUCAAUAGCAACGUCUUUGCGUGUAGGAAGGAUCCAACGAACCAGAGUCUCAAAAUGAAGCUUGCUGUCAUUCUAAUUGCUCUAAACCUCGCCUUCAUAAGUGUAGUCAGAGCGGAAAGCAGUAUGGCUACACGUAAUCCUAGUGCUACAACGACUACGACAAUGGGCACCACUACAGACACUUCAUCUACACCUGUGGCCGGCUCAUCUACACCUGCGGCCGGUAUAUCUACAGGCAAUCCUUCACCACAAUCCACUUCCGGCACAUCUAGUACCACGGUUACUUCAUUACAAACCACAACCGGGUCUCUCACCACCGAUAGCAAUACAACCAGCUCAAAUGGAACAAUGACGACGUCAGCGCAUAGCAGUGGACACGUGUUAACUUACUCAGCAUUCGCGGUAACGAUGGCAACAGCCCUCUUCCUGGUCUAGAUAGUUAACAAUGGAAACAGAUCGGAAACAACGGUUGAUAUGCUGAGGUCAACAACAAAACAACUAUAUAUAUAUAUAUUUGUCUUUUAGUAAAAUAGCUGCUUGAUUUAUACGAACACUAAACAGAAUACGUUCCGCUUCAAACGAAAAUAUCUAAUGGUUUACCAAUGCUACUAAACUAAUACAUGUAUGCUGUUUAUAAAUUAAAAAAACAAAAACAUUGUAUAAUAUUAAUUUACUUUUUAUAAGAGACAGUUUCUCUUAUUUGAUUUAAAUGCGUAAAUGGAAAAGGUUGUCUCUGGAGCUAAAGCUGGAAAGGCUCGGAAAUCACAUGAUUUAUUGAGACUUUAAACACAAUAUUCCACUAAAUUCUUGAUACGAAAAAAAACUUAAUUACACGUGUGUGCUCAAUGGCAUGGGCAGGUAGUCUUCUUUUAAAUAAUAGUUUUACUGAAUGAGACGUUAAUUGUAAUAUACUUAAACGAAACAAAAACGUAUUUUUAAUAUACUAGCACAUACUAACAAAGCUUAUACGAAAAGCAUGCGUAUUUUCUACGCGUUUGUAAGCUCCCAGGAUAACUACGAUGUGGUGUUCGUGACUGAAGAAUUGAGACGGCAAUUUGAGUGGUUUUGAUAGCAUUCUGCAAACAUUGAUUCAUUUAUGACUUUAAGAAAGUCAAAAACGACGAUGUCCAUUAGCUACAAUGUUACAGUCUAUGACAUUCUGAACUUUGAAUAAAAACGUAAUAUAGCUUAUUAGGUCAUAUUAUUAUUUUUUUUCUAAAAAUAUCCUCAAAGUUUGUGGGCGUUUUAUCGAGUGUAUAACAUUAACUGAUUAACUUCCGGUAACGUUCUAACACAGAGCUCAUAAUUGGUUGACUAAUCAAUGUCAAAUUACGCAUAACGUGACAUACGCGGGGUUUCAAAAAUACAUGUAGUAUUAAAUCAAAGUUCCAUUUACAGAUAAUCGAUACAUACAAAUGUGAUUAUAUAGAAGAGACGAGUGUUAAGGCUUCCGAAAAAUUUUACUAGUUGUUUGAGACUAUUACUUUUCUUUAUGUCCAUUCGCUAAUGAUAAAUGUGAAGCCUUUCAUAAACAGAGACGCAUACCUACUGUAACGACUAUUUAUAUUUUUACUGCAUAACUGAUAAUACAUUAAAAUGAAUAAAUAUUUAAAUGCA